CUGAAGGGAGCCCGCAGCAGCUCCAAUUGGCUCCCAGUCCAAGGAUGCGGCCAAUCGGAUUCGUCCCUGGGCUGCGUGUGUUUCCCCUUCCCCGACUCCCUGUCUUGCGCAUCACUUUCAGGCUCCCACAGUGCUACAUGGAUGUCCGUCGGCCCGACGGCGGGUUUUCCGGAGCCCCGGUGAUGGAGGAGGGGGCACAUGAUGCACAGAUGCCGAGGCAAUAGACGAGGAGAACGCAGUAGAAUUGGAACGAGACCUCAGAAGCGAGGAGGAGGAGGGGAGCGGCCGUCGUUGAUCCACACAGGAGCCCGGGCGUCUUCCGCCAUGGGCUGCUGGCUCUCCGGACCGUGGGUGGGCGACCCAGCGCUGAGCCAACGCGACGCGCUUCGCAUCCUCGCGGCGAGUCGGCUUCCCGUCACCAUGCAGGUGAAGAGUCAGAGGGGCGGCGGCGGCGGCGGCGCCAUGGAGGCGGACCCCCGUGGGGCCUGGGAGCCCCUGCCCCUCAACCUUCAGCACCUGAAUCUGCCCCUGCCCAGGAUGCCAGCGGGGCUCAACGCUGCCAGCCCCGCCUAUCAGGACAGGCAUUAUUUCGGCCACUUGUCUCUGCCGCAAGAUCACUGCGACGGAGGACGCUUCGGCUACCUGCCAAGCUCCCCGAGGGACACCGUGGACACGGGCCACCAGGAUCCGGAUGUGAGCGGGCGGCGAGCCAAGGAGCGCAACUGCCUGAUGGGAUGUUGCAACGUCAACCUCGACGAGCCCAAAGGAUACCACGGCCAGCCGGACGAUGACGACUUCAUGCUGGAGAAGCCUUUGGGCUUCCUGCCCUUCCACCACGAGCUGGACAGCGGCCUUGGCUGGACCGACGGUUCCCUCCACCAAGGUGACCUCUCCGGCCUGGAGACCGAGGAGGCCGGCCUGGAGGACUGCCACUCCCGCGGCGCCCCGGGCCCCGGCGGCCGCGGGGCCUUCGGACCCGGCGGCGGCGGCGGCGGCGGCUCGCCUUCCUCCGAGUCCUUCGUUUCGUCGGAGCUCAGCGACUCGGGCUUCUACAGCGUGAGCACCGGAGAGUUCCGCCACUUCCAGAGGAUGCUGGAGAAGCGCAUGCGGCUGUACAACGCCAGGCUGCAGCACCAAGGAGAGACGUGCGAGAGGCGGGAGCGUCGCGACAGCUGCCCCAUGAGCCACCGCGAGCUACUGGAGGCCAUCCCCGAGACGCUCACCGUGCAGCCCCCGUGUCAGCGCCUGCAGAUGGGGAUGGAGGAGGCCCCUGGCGCCAUCUUGGACGUGCCGAACCGCGGACUUUUCAGGGUGUCAUCAGUCCAGUUCCACAAAACGGACCGUCCCUGCCUGAACCGCCACAGCUCCAGCAGCGGGGCCCUCUUCAACCCCUCCCACGCCCACACGGCCGUGCCCCGAAUGAGCGGCCCCGUCCUCUCCACCUGCAGCACGCCCUCCAGCCACCGGAGGCCGCUAGCUCCCACGCAGCAGCCGCACCACCUGGGUCCCGGCUCGGCGGGGAUGCUGAGGAGAAGCCGUACCCUGCACCACCGCCCGCCGCAGCAAGAGUACCGGCGUAGGGCCAGCCACCCGGCCUCGCCGUCCUACUGCGCGGCCACCCUGCACCGCUGCGGCGCGGGCCCGCCUCAUGGCGUCCUGCAGCCAGGGCUGCCGGAGGAGACCGAGAUGGGGGCGGACGUGAUGGCUUCCCCACUCUCCGCACAGCAGCACCCAGUGCACAUCCGGGUGCCCAGCGAUCACGAGCUGCGCUACAACGCCAACCCCAAUGCCCACCACGAAUGGUGGCGGCAAAUGACCUUGAUGCCCGACCCGCUGGCGACGGAGCAGGGCGACCAAAUGGAGAGGGAAGAUAUGGAGAAAAGUCUGGAUAGGGAGGCGCGGAUUCAGGAGGAGGUGGAACGAGACUUGCAAAGGAGCCGGGCGGCCAGGGAGCAGCGGCACCUCCAGGGCGCGGUCCACCUCGCCCAGCCGGGGGACGUCAACGACACGUGGCCCAAGCCGGCCAGCCGCCAGGCCCAGGGUGGCGGAGGAGGAGCCCGGGGUCUUUACAGCACCCUGGAGGGCCACACGGGGGCCACCCCUACUACCGCAUUGGAUGCGAGGAAAGCGCAGCCGGACGCGCAGCCGGCGACUUCCGGUCUUCAGCCCAAAGCGAUCCCUUGCUCCAAACCCAGCACAACUUCCCGGGUGUCCAGGAACCAGCUCCUGAGGGACCGGGCGUCACAGCUGGCCGACGAGCGCAGCGGGAUGAGCACGGACGAGGAAACCAGCGCGGACAUGCUGCUGGGUCGGUACUGGAACCGGACGGAGAGGAGAGAACACUUCCUGCUGGCCCGCGAGCAGAAGCAGCAGCAGGCCCGGGGAGGGGCAGGAACCGGGCCCGGGCCCGUCCCGCCCCGCUCUCCGGCGCCGGACGCCCGGGCGGGCGGCGCCGUGACGGACGGGCGGUGCAACACGGUGCUGGAGAUGAGUCAGAGGAAGCUGAGCCGGCUGAGGAACCGGAAGAUGUUGGACGACUGGACCACGGUGGAGGAGCUGCUGACGCACGGAACCAGGCUGGACAGCCACGACCACCGCAUGCUGUGUGCCCGCCCCCUGCUCACCGUCACCACUGUCUAAGUCUGGAGGUCUCAAACUUGUGGGGUCCAGGGACCCCUUCCUGGGGAGAAUUUUCCCAAGAACCCUCUCAUAAGCCUAACCCUAACGAAACAUAUCUACCAUGCCACAGGAAUGAAAAA